UGAGGAGGAGGAUGAAACCGGGCCGAUGCGUCAGGCCGCCGCCACGCCGCGGAGCUCCAAGAGGAAGUCGGCCCAGCUGGUCUCGUCUCGCAUCCGGAAGCAGCUGAUCCUUCUGGACAACCAGCCGGACCUGAACUCGGACGGAGAGGACGAGGACGAGUUCGUCCCCUCAAGGAAGGAGCUCCAGAGCAGCGACGAUGAUGAGGAUGAUGAAGAAGAGGCAGAUAGCGACGAGGACGAGGUAUUUGGGAAGAAGAGCCGCCGAGCGUCUGCAGCGACUCCUCGCUCCGGGCGGAGAACUCGCUCCUCCACCACGACGCCGCGAAAAACCCCCAACAAGAAGGUCACACCCGGCACGCCACGGACUCCUCAUGGCGCCACUCCCAGCAUCCCCAGCAGGUCGCUGCCGGCCCGACAGCCCGCCAACGUCCUGGAGGAGGCCCGAACCAGGUGAGACGCAG